CCCUCAGUCUUCAUUUCUGCAGACUAAAUCAGCCCAGUUUCCUCAAUAAACCCAGUCAUGCCUUACUCUCAUUCUCACAGUAAACCUUCAGCCAUCCUGCCUGUUCCCUGUUAUUGAGGAAGUGCUGAGGAGAUGGGCACUUAGGUCAAAGACUGAUCAGGGGAUCCACUUGGCUCUUUCUGAAGGCAGAGCAGAUUGCAAGUUUGCAGCCAUAGGCCGGGUGAGGCGAGAUGACUUCCUUCUGUCAAGCAGGAGGGACAAGCUGUCACUCGCUGACUGUUUGUCCGACUCCCGUAACCUCCCCAUGGGUCAGUGGGUUUGGAGCACUCCAGAACUGGCCACCUUGGCUCUACCAUGUACUUGAAGCGUCCCAAAAGGGUAUUUUCAGUCCAGAUCCUCUGGCCCCUCCCACAGCUGGAAAAUAAGAAAAUGUUGAUUCCCCCCCCAUGCGUUUCCCACAUGACUGACCACACAACUAUUAAUAACAGCGCCCUUUGCCGGCUCAGCUGGACACACUCAUUCCCUCCGGGGAGCAGGAAACCACUGCUGCCUUCCUUUCCACAGGGAAGCAAUGUGCGACUGGAUGGCCAGCAGCUCGGCUUUGGCGUGGACCAUGCCUGUUUGCUGACCGAAAAACGGUUCUUCCUGUGGAGCGCUGGCAAACAUGAAAGGCUUGGGGUUGCUACUCGCUUGCCUGCUUUGCAUCUUCACAAAGGGUUUGCAGUUCAAUGGCUGGUCCAUUAAGGUUCCAUCAGAUGCUACCGGUGAAGUUGGAAAGAGCGUUGUUCUGCCCUGUACCUUCACACACCCCCAUAAAACCUUUGACCGGACUCUCACAGCCAUUUGGAGGAUCAGGGAGCCUUACAAUGGGACAGUGGUUUUCAAGUGCGUGGCUCACAGUUCAAGCGAACUCUGUAAAACUGCAACCAACUACAAGAACAAGUACAAACUGCUUGGGAACCCAAGGCACAACAACCUUUCCAUCAAGAUUGACAAUCUGACGUGGAGCGACAGCAACAGAUAUUUCUGCCGGGUAGAGUUUUCCGGAGAUCUUCAUGACAAGUAUGAAGGCAGAACUGGGAUCAGACUCCACCUGAUUGCUGCCCCCAGGAUCAUUAACAUCACAGUAAGCUCCAACGAGGAUCAUACCUUCAAAGCCCGCUGCACAGCCGACGGGGAACCACUGCCCUCUCUGACAUGGACCGGCCCUCUGUCCAGCAAUUCCUCCUCUGUCACAAGCAUGAACUACCAGAUAACCAAAGAGCUGCACCACCUGACUCACGAUGGAAAAUAUGUAUGCACCGCGGCAAACAGCCACGGGAGGGCGGAGGGGGCAGUGUACUUCUAUAAAUUCAAAGGAGCAAAUAGCAACUCGAUUCUGAUCCUGAUUUGUAUUGCGCUAGGAGUCAAGGCGCUCUUGCUGCUGGCGAUAGCAGGGAUUGGUCUUCUGUGGAAAGGAGAUUGCUUCAGUGGUCCGGGCAGUCUGUCUCGGCAACCAGUUCAGGAUUCUACAUAUGAAAAUCUCGAUAGCAGGAACAACUGUGGGGGCAGCCAGAGUUUGCCAACGCACUGAACUCUAACAACUCGCAGGUUUGAAUUAGGACCAUAACGCUUUCACACAUUUCCCUAUUUUCACCUCCCUUUUGUUACCUUGAGAGCAAAGCAGACCACAGUUGUGAGCCUUUCAUCCGGCAUGUGGAUGUUUAACUACUGACCCUCCAGGGCACAGAGGAUGGCAGAUGGGUCAUGUUGCCCCUACUGGCUGUGACAACAUAGACCUCAUUGAGAGAAAAUGGGGGAAGAGAAUAAAAAGAGAGUUAGAAAAGGAAGGAGAUAUCCACGGCAAAUGAGAAGAGGAGUUAACAUGUCUACACCAAUUGACCCGUGUGGAGCCUCCACGACACCGCCGAGCGUUAAGCAGAAUAUUUUAUUGUGUUAGCUCCCUCCAGCAUUUUCCAGAAGUUGUUUUAAAACUAUUUCCCCUUGAAAAACUUGGCAAAGUGCAUGCAAUUUAGCAAAGCCACCGAUGCAGUGAGUUUACAGAUUGAACUUCAGCAGUUUUUCAGUUGCGUACAAAAAGAUAGUUGGAAUUUUUUUGAAUGGGAAAACAUUGUUUGUUUUUUUUUUAAUUCCUCUAUCUUAGAAACUUCUGAAGGUAUUUUCUCCAGCUUUAAAAAGAAAAUCUCCCCUGAGGCAGAGAAGGAAUUUAAACCCAAAAAGAAGUUUUCAGAAAGGUGCGGAGAUGGAGAACAGGAAAUUUGAAUGGAGAUCUUCUUGUAACCAUAACUAUAGUAGUCACAAUUGUUGGAUAUUGUGUAUAACCACACACAUGCACGCAUGCACAAAUGCACACGUGCAUGCACACUGAACUCAUUAUAAUAAGUGGAUGUACAGGCUAUAUUACAGUAAGAGUAAACUUGUAUUAAUCUUAUUUACUUAUUUGUUUAUAUACUUAUGUAUUAUUUAUACAGAUAGAGAGUAUAGCUGGUCAAUUAAAUUCUUCCAGUUUUUCAAAGAACCACA